AUGGGAGAUUGGGACUGGCCGAAGCUUCAAGUUCUCUUUCAGCCUGACAUUUUGGCUUUGAUUGCAGGAACUGAACCUCCCAAAGAGGAUUUAGGGGAGGACAAAUGCAUCUGGGGACUGGAGAGGGAUGGCAGAUUUCGCUUGAAAUCUGCAUACAAGCUGGCAGCUGACCAACUGGAUGCCACAGAAGAUGACCUCUGGAAAAACCUCUGGAAGUGGCCAGGACAUAGUCGAACCAAACAUUUUUUCUGGUUGGUGUUGCAUGACAGGCUGCUUACUAACAAGGAACGGCUGAAGAGGAAGCUCACCACUGAUGGAACAUGCCGCCAUUGCAAGGACGCUGAAGAAACCACAGAACACAUUGUCAGAAGCUGCAGCAAGACGAAGAGCAUUUGGGGGAAGUUCAGAUCCAGAGUCACCUGCAAGGAUGAGACGUUGCCUUUCAAGACUUGGAUGGCACGCAACCUGAACAAUGCUGUUCAUGGCGUUGAGUUCGGAUUAAUUGUGUGGCAUCUCUGGAAACAGAGGAAUGAGGAAUGUUUGGAUGGAAAGAUUUUUGUGAAGAAAUCCCUUGUUUGCAGGAUUGAAGCAUGGUUCAGGAUCUACAUAAUGGCUCAACAAAAUGUGGAGAAGAGCUUUGAUCCACCUGUUGAGAGAAGAGAAGAGCAGAUCGGUUGGAAUCCUCUACCUGAGGGAUGGGUACAAAUCCAGACAGAUGGUUCUGUCCUCUCUCCCUCAGGAAAAGCAGCAGCUGGAGGCCUAAUUCGUGACUGGGAUGUUGUUAUCUCACACGUGUAUAGGGAAGGAAAUAGAGCGGCUGACUAUCUUGCUAGUCUUGGCCAUUGCCUACCUUUUGGAACACAUCAUGUUGAUGUGUGUAGCCCUGAGCUUUGUAGGUGGUUAGAGUUACCAUAUCUGCAGGAGAAGAACCCUAAUAUCAAAUGCUUCCUCAUUGAUGCUCCCGGUUUUGGCUUGUUCAAUAAGGUAACUAGUGGGGUAAUGCACACCAAAGAGGAAGCUGAAGGCAAAAGGCUGAAGAACCCAUUUGACACCAUAACCGAAGGGAUAGAUAGGGAUCAAUAGAUUGACGCAGAACUUUUCUGAUGGCUGAACUUGAUGGUGCAUUUCGAUUUUCGAGGCAGUGACGAGGAAGCUGUCGAAAUGUCAAGGUUUCUUCUGAAGAACGACGGUCUAUUAGUUGGGAGCUCGUCAGCCAUGAACUGUGUUGGUGCUGUUAAAGUGGCUCAGUCGCUUGACCCUGGUCACACCAUUGUAACCUUUCUUUGUGACAUUGGGAUGAGACAUUUUGAGUAAAUUCUGCAAUGAUCAGUAUCUAUCCGAGCAUGGUUUGAUACCAACUGCAGCUGGCUUAGAGUAAUAGAGUUCUUGGGAAUCAGCUGAGCUUUUCGCAGAGGCUGGAAGCUUGAAAGCUUGGUCUAAUGUUCUUAGUCAUUAACUUAUUGAGACGGUGCAGGCAGCAGGAUUCAUUUGGAUAUGUAAUGACAGUUGUGUGAGCUUGACACUGCCACUCUAUUGGAGGGUGAUUGCUUGCUGAUGAUGGAAUUAUUUGAAAGUAAUUCAAGCUGUUUCCAUGGUAAUGAAUGGAAUGU